ACGGUGCAUUGUAGAAACGCAACCCUCCGUGUAACAUCGUUCAGUUCCUUAGUUACCUCCACCUGAGAUACUACAUCUAUCUAAUCCCUCUCGUGACGCAGCGCAGUGUUGUUUUUUUCAAAAGGAAAAGUGUAUUCGUGAAGUGAAGGCAUUGUGGUGCAAGUUUGGUGAAUAAAUAUAUUUCGCAAAAAAAAACUGUUUUUUGAAAAGUGAAAUCAUUCAUCAUGCAAGGUUAUCAUCAAAGGGCCUAUGAGGACCAAAGAAUUCAAAGGGAAGAGGAGACCAUCGUCGUGGAUAUUGUACCUCCACAGUAUCAUCUCCACAGUCCACCUCAUAGUCCACCCCUAACUCCGUGCAUCAAGUCUGAUAAAGAUAUGCAAAGUCAGGAGCAAAAACAACAGCAACAACAGCCUCUCUCCUCCAUGGAUCCCAACAUCCGGAGAUACAGAACUGCCUUCAGCAGGGAACAACUGAAUCGUCUAGAAAAAGAAUUCGUCAGGGAAAAUUAUGUAAGCAGACCUAGAAGAUGCGAACUGGCUGCUCAGCUUCAACUUCCCGAAUCCACCAUCAAGGUGUGGUUCCAAAACAGACGCAUGAAGGACAAGCGUCAGAGGAUGGCGAUGGCCUGGCCCUACAUGGAUCCAAAUUUUGCAGCAACUUUGGCAACUUUGGCAGCUGCUGCUGGAACUUUGCCGUCCCCUUAUCAUGCACAAGGAUUUCCACCAUCGCCUUUGUCGCCUGGCUAUCCGCUUGCAGCCGCGUACUAUGGUGCCCGGUACUCUCCCUAUGCAGGAUCUGCGCCGACCUCGAACGCAGGUUCCCUGCAGAGGCCACACCUCCAGUCUCCAGGCUACUCUCAUCACCCACACAUUCUGCAGUCCCACCAUAAUCUGCCGCCCCUCCAUUUGGCUGGAUUAGGCGUGCCAAACAUGGGAAACACUCCUUACAUGAGCCCGCCAAUUUCCACCAGCAGCACGCCAACCUACAGACCAACUUUGAUCUCAGAAAUGAGCCCGGCUCAUUCUGACACCUCCAGUGAUUACGAAUGCAAUGGGUCGAUUCAUCAGCAUAAUGGGUGUCACAUUCCUUCUCGGGACAAGGCAUCACCACCUCUGAAACCAGUUGCACUUUCGAGCCUUCCAACCCAAAUCCAGGCGAUACACACCUACGAGUCGAAGUCUGUUGAAGAUUACAGAAUGGGCCUCACGUCCUCGCCUACUUUGUCGAAAAGUACGAAAAAUGACCCACCCAAACUAUUCCAACCAUACAAGAACGACAUCAGCGAGAAAGCGUAGGUUUAUUGAUUAGAGUUUAGAAAGAUUCUUUAUGUUUUGCGCAGUAUUUUGUUAUGUUUUUUGCCAGAGAAACAGGUUGGAAGAGUCUAAAUUCUAGAAGUUUAUAUUUUAAAGUAUUGUUCUACAUUGUCUUUACAAUAUUUUAUGUU